AUGCCAGGAGUCACAGACACGCGCAAGUCCGUGCUGAUCACGGGAUGCUCUCCCGGCGGUAUUGGUAACUCACUCGCACGCGAGUUCCAUCAAAAGGGACUGCGCGUUUUUGCGACGGCGCGACAGGCCGAGACCAUCUCGGAUUUGGCAGAGCUGGGCAUCGAGACGCUCAGUCUUGUCGUCGAUGAUCAGGAGAGUGCCAAAUCAUGUUUUGCAGAUGUGCAGAAGAGACUGGGUGACAAGGGCUUGGAUUAUCUUGUGAACAAUGCCGGGCGAAAUUACACCGUCCCUGCCAUGGAGGUCGACCUGGACGAGGCACGACUCACCUUUGAGACCAACUUUUUCUCGGUGAUCAGCAUGUGCCAGACAUUCCUGCCACUCUUGAUGAAGGCUCAAGGCACCAUUGUGCAGAUCGGAUCUAUUGCCGGAAUUAUGCCCUACGUAUUUGGCUCGGUCUAUAAUGCUUCCAAGGCUGCUCUUCACUCUUUUAGCGAUACCCUACGCGUUGAGCUCGCUCCCUAUGGUGUCAAGGUAAUCACUGUCAUCACAGGCGGUGUGCAGUCUCGCAUUGCUCGCACCCAGCGUCUCUUGAAACCUGAUUCGUUGUACCUCCCCGUGGAAGAAGAAUAUCAACGACGUGUAGUCCACAGCCAGCACAAUGCCAUGCCCAAUGACAAGUACGCCCGAAGUGUCGUCAACCAAGUCCUGUAUGGCUCGGCUCCCUGGCGCUGGCUGUGGCCCUGGGCCAAGGGUCGCAAGACCACAAUCUGGGAGGGCCAUGCCAGUUGGCUGAUCUGGCUCAUUGUUGGCGGAUGGGCCUGGAAUGGACUUAUGGGCAGUAUUAUGACCAGAAUGUUCAAGCUUUGGAAGAUCAAGGCCGCGUUGAAACAAUGA